ACCUCAUCAUCGUGCGAUAUGAAGUAACCGGAGAUGUGGAUGUAUUGUAACUGACAAACAUCGGAACACUUCCAUAAAAUUCUCGAGAUUCACGCUCGUUAAUAACGACAGGAACGGAAAACCCAGCCGGGUGUUUUUUUCUCGCUCGAUGAUCAGAUUAUCUACAUCUUAACUAAUGUGUUUCCGUUAAUAAGUGAAAUAGCGUCGCACAUCCUUUAUCGUUUUAUCUGAUGAAGAUUAAUGUUCAACUGUAAGUUCUUCAAAGACUCCGGUGUUUUUGCGGAACCGAGAAUGUUCGAGACUAAAGGAUUCUGGAGCAUUAGUGUGGACGUCAGCUGUCUGCUGCUCGCUGGACUGCCAUUCGCGGUCUUGAACAUUCGGCACACGCCGUUCAAAAGAGGGUUUUUUUGCAGCGACGACACCAUCAAGUACCCUUUCAAAGAAGACACCAUAUCUUACCAGUUACUGAUGGGAAUAAUAAUUCCCUUCGCACUGCUGCUGAUCAUCUUCGGCGAGUGUUCUUCGAUCUAUAUGAGGUCCAGAGCUUCUUUAAGUUAUGAAUAUAUAGUGUGUGUGUACAAGGCCGUGGGAUCCUUCGUGUUCGGAGCGGCGUUGAGCCAGUCGCUGACCGACAUCGCCAAAUACACCAUCGGCCGCCUGAGACCUCACUUUCUGACCGUCUGCAAACCCGACUGGAGCCUCGUCGACUGUGCAUCAGGUUACAUUGAGAACUUCACCUGCACUGGAGAUCCACGCGUCACCAAUGAAGGCCGGCUUUCCUUUUAUUCUGGUCACUCAUCGUUCUCCAUGUACUGUAUGCUGUUCCUCGCUCUGUAUCUGCAGUCCAGACUGAGGGCUAGAUGGGCUCGACUGGUGCGGCCGACUCUCCAGAUCUCGUUUAUCGCCGCUUCUCUGUAUGUGGGUCUUUCCCGCGUCUCGGACUAUAAACACCACUGGAGUGACGUCCUCACCGGACUCGUACAGGGAGCCGUCGUGGCGCUGUUUACUGUGUUCUUUGUGUCGGAUCUCUUCACCGCUAAGUGUGUGUCAAAUAAAGACGAGGUGAAUUCCCACACGAUCCUCCGGGAAACGUCAGAUUCCUCGAAUCCCUACGGCAGCGCACAGUGAGACCAAACCACUGCGGGGAACGAAGGAGGUUUACAGUAACAUGCAAAUCCUUUUCACAACCAUUCCACCGAAAUAGAUUCACUUGUAUAAUACUACGGGCAAAAAAGUUGGCUUUGUCAUUUUUCAUAAUGCAGGAACCAACAGUGGAGACAUUUAGCACAGACUGUGCGAUAAAUACAGCGGAAGUGCA